AAAUAAAUGCUUCAUUACCGCGCCAAACACUGGCAAUCUUAUGGUGGACGUAUGCUAAUUCCGGCCUACUUUCUUCCCUCAUGCGGUUGUGCCUCAGCGGCGUUGCUGCCGAAGUCAUGCCGCGAAGAAUGCUGCAAUGCCCCGGAUUUCUCCCCAGGAGCAUCAUCUCCGCACUCCAAUCCCGAUCCCUUCUCUUCCGCACAAAAGCCCACCGGUACAAGCUCAGGCAACAAGACGACGACGAUGACGAAGAACGUGACAAGCCGAAGCCAGCGGAAAGAGACGCAUGGGGCCGUCCGUUCCAUCUCCACACCCGGGGGCAGCACAUCCUCACCAACCCCCGCGUCCUCGAUUCCAUCGUACGCCGCGCCAGCAUCCGCCCCAGCGACACCGUCCUCGAGAUCGGCCCGGGCAGCGGAAACCUCACCGUCCGGCUUCUCGAGGCCGCCCGUCAGGUGGUGGCCGUCGAGAUUGACGACCGGAUGGUCGACGCCGUCCACGGCCGCGUGUCCCAGCUCGGUCUGCAGGACCGUCUAACCGUCAUUAAGGGCGAUGCUCUGAAGACGGAAUUCCCGCGAUUCGAUCUCUGUGUGGCCAACAUUCCUUAUGGGAUAUCUUCUCCUCUCAUUGCAAAACUUCUUUUUAAAUUGGGUAGGCCGUGCGGGUUCCGUAGCGCCACGUUGCUGCUCCAAAAGGAGUUUGCUCGGCGCCUUCUGGCCAGCCCGGGUGACUCGGAGUUCAACCGCUUGGCUGCGAACGUGAGACUGGCGGCUACAGUCGAGCUCCUUAUGGACGUUAGCAAGAAGGAUUUUGUUCCUUGCCCGAAAGUCGACUCCUCUCUUGUUAGAAUCCGACCAAGAUCUGAUGUCCCUGCUGUUGAUCUCGAUGAGUGGUUGGCUUUUACUAGGACUUGCUUCAGCAAGAAGAACAAGACGCUUGGUGCCAUCUUUAAGCAGAAGAGGAAGAUUGUGGAGCUUUUUGAGAGAUCUCAAUUAGAAGGCAAAGCUUGCAGAUUAUUGGAGGAGGAGGAGGAAGAUGGGGUUAAUGAUUCUGAUGAUGAUGAUCAACUGGGGACGAGGGUUGGUGAAAAGGAAGAAACGAAUGCUUCAGAAUUGAGUGUCCUCCAGGAGAAAAUUGUUGGGAUGCUGAAAGCUGGAGGAUUUGAGGACAAGAGGCCUUCCAAGCUAUCCACUGAAGAAUUGCUGCAUUUGCUUCAGCUUUUCAAUCGAGAGGGCGUGUUGUUUCAUUAAUAGAUGCUAGAUUGGGUCGGAACUGCGUCGCUGUGGCUGAAACACUGAUGUUAUUGUCUUACAGAAAUUCCUGGUGCAAUGGAUUUAGUUGGG